AUCAAUUCCGUCUUUGACAACACACCGCACAUGCCCAAAGCAACCUGGGGACGAAAGAUGACCUUGAACGCAUAGAGCACAGUAUAUGAGCCAUAACUCAAAUCCUCCUUGCUGUGCGAUAUACGAUGUAUGGGUGAGAAAGUAAUAGCAAAAAAAACGCCUUGAUUUCUUUCAUUCGCACUGGCGUACAUCGAUAGUUAAACAGCGGAGAUUCAACAACAGCAUUGUAGCACAAUGCUAGAAACAUUGACUUUGUAUUCGUUUCACCUCUGCCAACCCAUCAGAUCGCCGCACCCACGUCUAACAGAGGGUUUCUCCGAUCAUGCUGGAUCUACUGAUGCAGAAAGAUCUCCUAGACGCUACCGUAUCCUGUAUAAUUUGCAUUCCGCCCUAAGGGAUACAAACACGCACUCAGACACGAUCAUCACACAGGCCAAUAACUUUCAAGUCAGAUACAAGGACGACGCUCCGGCUGCGCUAGACGAGUUCUUAAUCGAUAGCAUCACACAUCGACAUAUUCGGUCACACAGCGCCACAUCCACGAAAUCAUUCUGCACCACAUAUUCCUGUCGCCAGAAUCGGCACUCUUGUAAUGCAACUCAUAGGACCCUGAAGUUGUCGGCGAUUGAGGCGAAGAACCUUCCUUUGACUGAAGAUUCAAACGAUGGCAUAUUCGUCCAAGUGCAUGCGUUAGGGACUACCGGCGGAUUUCAGACGUCUUCCGUGUCUUGCGUCCCAAACGCAGUGUGGUAUGACGAUAUAGUUCUGUCUGACAUAUCUUCAGACACCAUUGUUUCAUUCGAUGUGUUCAAGAAGGUCGCUUCCGAAGAUACAGACAGCCAAUACUCAUUCGUUUGGGGUGGCUGCUUUGCUCUCUACAAGUUGCUCAGAGGCAAACUCGAUGUCUCAGCGGAAGUACAAUGCAGUGAAGAAGAACCGUGCAUAUGUGUUGGUUUUCCGGAGUACAAUAAAUCGAUCCAGCUCCGAUUUGAUGUCUCCGAAAACAUAGUCCUGAGGUAGGAAAUCAGGGCUCUCUUUCCGAUGAACAAUUCGCUCAAAAGGUGAACGAGCUGCGUGUUGCUUAUCUUG